AUGUCGACCGACUACAAGUUCGAGGGAUGGAUGGGAGAUGAUGCCAAUUCCUCAAAGGGCAACAUGGUUUGGAGAGAGUUUCUACCAAAGGAGUGGGAAGAGACUGAUGUUGACAUCAAAGUCACUCACUCUGGUAUCUGUGGUUCAGACUUGCACACUCUACGAUCAGGAUGGGGCGCUACCGAGUACCCCUGCGUUGUUGGACACGAAAUCGUCGGUGUUGCAGUCCGAGUAGGCUCCAAGGCUGAGGGUGAUAUCAAGGUUGGCGAUAUUGUUGGCGUUGGUGCCCAGAGCUUAGAGCAGUACUGCGCCGGCAACGUCAACACGUACAAUUCCAGACAUCGCAACAACGGCAAAGCGUAUGGUGGCCACGCUUUGUAUCACCGAGCUCCUUCUCACUUCGUCGUCAAGAUCCCCAACGGCGUUGCCCCCGAGUUUGCUGCCCCUCUGAUGUGCGGAGGCAUCACCGUUUACUCGCCACUCAAGUUCCACGGCGCCGGUCCUGGCAAGAAGGUCGGAAUUGUCGGUGUUGGUGGUCUUGGCCACUUUGCUGUGUUGUUUGCCAAGGCUUUUGGUGUUGAUGAGGUUGUCGGAAUCUCCAGAAGAGAAAGCAAGAGGGCGGAUGCGCUCAGCUUGGGAUGCGACGACUACAUUGCGACGAGCGAUGACAAGGAUUGGGUUAAGAACAACAAGGAGCGCUUUGACCUUAUCAUCUCAACCGCUUCUUCUGAGGAUAUGCCUCUAAAUGAGUACCUGGCACUCCUCAAGCUCAACGGAACGCUUGUGCAAGUUGGCGCUCCAGAGAACCCCGUCCCUCUCCGCCCUUUCGCCCUGAUUGCCGGCCGCAAGAACCUCACCGGCUCAGGUAUCGGCAGCCCGGGUGAGAUUCGCGAAAUGAUGCAGCUCGCCGCUGACAAGCAAAUUAAGCCAUGGGUGGAACUACGACCUAUGAGCGAUGCCAACCAGGCUAUGGUCGACUUGGAUGCAGGCAAGCCUAGAUUCCGAUAUGUCCUGGUGAAUGAGUGGUGA